AUGGCGUCGGACAUGCGCGCGAUCCAGCCGGAGUCCUUGUACAAGCUGUACCUGGAGUGUCAGGAACGGCCAGACGGGCGGCGCCUGGAUGAGGCGCGGCCAACGGUGUUGAACCGCGGCGGCGUCGGCACAGCCGACGGCUCGGCGUACUGCCGGGCCGGUCACACGGCCGUGCUGUGUGGUAUCAAGGCCGAGCUGCCGCUGGCCGCCACGCUGGCUCUGUUCGACGGUGACACGCUGGUGCUGGACCCGGCCGGCGAGGAGGAGGCCCUCUGCGCCGCCGCCGUCACCGUCGCCUGGGCCGGCGACAACCUGCUGCUGCUGCACAAGGCGGGCGGACACGCACUCUCCGAGCAGGCCAUGGACCAGUGCAUCGCGCUCAGCAAGCGACGCACCCUCGAGCUGAAGAAACUGCUGGACGUGUCGGCUGAUGCGGCCGCGGAGGGCGGGGUCGUCGACUAACAUGCGGACCUGGCGUGUAUAUGAUGCGGGUGAGAUUGUUGAACGGGCUGUGGAUUUGUCCGCUAGAUGGCCAACCACCUGUUGCUGCGCCGGGUGGUCGCCGGCCGACGUGAGCAACACAAGUCAUCAUCAUCAGUAUGUUUUGCAAAGUACAGGUUACUAUUGUGUUAUUCAACGUGUGUGCUCCGUUGUUUUGAUCGCUAAACAAGGGCUAAACAAAUACACGA